CCGCCCUUCUCGCCGGUUUGCAGCCACAAUGGCAGCUGCGACGGUUCCAAUACAAAUACCCUACAAACUCAUAGGCCGCAGACCUAGGGGCGAACCGGGUGCGAAAACCUCGAUUCUUCGAUUGCUCCCGCUGUCACUCAGCAAACUUAGUUGUGUAAGACGCCGCAUUGAGCUAGACAGCAUAUCAGUGGCUCAUCUGUGGUGGCCGGGGGCCUAAGGGCUACCCAAGGCGGGCCACGCAAGGGAUGUUGCGGUUGCAGACCGCUGGUGUGCUCUGGGUAGCGCUCGCAGUAUGGCGCGCGGCAGCCAGCAGCAGUAUGCCCGCAAAUGACGACGCUGACUUGCACCAGGGCCUGUCGUCGAAGCUGGCGCGCGUGUUCAACCUCACUGCGGACAUAAUCGGCGCGCACGCGGGCACCCAUUCCAGCGCCAGCGCAACGCCGAAGUCGGAGCUGCGCGAAGCUCUAGGGAUGCUGCUAGAUGUACCCGAGGCUCACUAUCGCGGGCUGUUGCGGCGGAUGCACGAGCUGCAUGACCCCGUGGUGGCGGCGCUGCUGCAGGAGCGCCUUCUGCUACAGCCGUCGGCUGCGUCAGGCACUGCUGUCGGCACGCGCCGCCGCCUGUCGGCUGCUGCCGCGCCCUCCACACCCUACCCCUCCACAGGCAACCGCAAUGCAGACGCCGGGCCAUCACAGCCACAGGCUACUGGCAGCAUGGAGCCCGGACCAUUCCACGUAGACUCGACGCGGCGGUUGGCAGGAUGGUGGGACCGUGAUUCGGACGCAGGUUCCGAAUCGGCCCCCGAGCCCGAGCCAGUGUACAGCCAACCUACACCGCUGCCUGGUCGGCUGUCUGACACGCCAUCGCCCGCCGACCUGGCGGGCUGGUGCGCGGAGAUCAGCGAGCGUUUGGCGUCGCUGUCUCCGAACAUGUCGUACCCUGUGGUCCGGCGGCUGGUGGCGGCGGUGGUGGUGCGGGCUUGGCUGGACAGGGGCGCACGGGCGCUGACGGCGACGGAGGAGGAGGAGGUCCGCAAGCUGUUUGUGCAGCUGUACGAGAUCCACAGGCGGGGCGCCGUACAUAAGGGCAUGAUGGACUACAUGCACGUGUCCAAGAGCGGCGGCACGAGCUGGUGCCAUGCAGCACAGCUCAACGGCUGCACCACCCAGCGCUUCGACAAGUACCAUGUGUGCGGCGUCAAGGCCUUUGAGGACAAGGUCCGGUGGGUGGACGGCGCCGCGCACCAGCGCCUCACCGGGCACCCACCCACACGCUGGUCGCUGCACGGCACGCCGCGCAAUGCCAGCUCGCCCGGGUGUGCGGCACGUGCGGCCAUGAUGCGCGCCAACGGCUGGACCUACUACAGCAAUGAGUACACGCUCACGGGCGGUGCGGCGGCCAUGGCAGACGUGGAGCUGUGCAGCCGCCAGUUCGUCACCGCCAUUCUGUUCAGGAACCCUGUGGCCCGGCUGGCCUCGCACCUGCGUUUCCUGCUGCUGCACUACAGCCGCUUCAUGAAGGAGCAGGGCGAGGCGCAGGGCGCGGCCUUUUACAAGACGUACGCCAACGCCAACGCCAGCUUCUGGCACGCCGUGGCGCCCGCAAUCACCGACAACUAUUUCGCCAGGACGCUGCUGGGCGAGGCGGUGUGGCACGCCGCCGUGGGCUCCCUGUCCGCCGCCGCGCACCUGCCCGCCGGCCGCCUGGUGCUGCUGGGCACAGACCUGGUGGUGCCGCUGGAGGUGCAGCCGGCGGUCAGCAGCGCGCUGCUGAGGUGGGGGGCGGGCUGGCCCGCCUCCUUCACAGACGUGCACGACAAGAACAUCGCGCAGCUGCAGGCGCACUUCGCCUUCGACCCGCGGCCCUACCUGCCGGUGGCGCCCGAGAUGGCGCACCUGGCGGCGGACCAGCACAUAGACGUGGCGCUGUACCAGCUGGCCGGGCUGCUAGGCCAGCUCGACUAUCUAGUGUACAGCGAGGCGGCCGCCGCGGGCGUGGUGCCCUGGGAAGGCAUACCGGACCAGCCGCCCGCGGAGGACGGCCCCGGCGCCGGCGACGCCGUGGAGUGCGGGCUGCUGCGUGGGCCCUCGGGGCGCUGGGGCGGCAGCCUGCCGCGGCACCGCAGCCGCCGGCUGCCCGUCCUGCGCCGCCGGUCGCCGCCGCCGUCGCCUGUGGGAGGCUCUGUUUCCAGCCAGGGCGCGCGGCGGCGACUUUAGUGACGCGGGAAAGGGGGCCUGGUGGCGUAGGCGGAGAGGGACGGAUGCCGGUUGUGCCGUGGCCUAGGCGGUCGGGCAGCCGGGCGUGUUUGCGUGAUGAGGCGGAGCAUGGAGGGGCGGCGGCCGGCGGGCGGUUGGGUCUGUGGUGGGAGGCGCUUGGAGUUUUACGGCGGUUUCCGGAGCAUGGAGCAAGCGGGGAAACCAUUCCUGCGCCUCGUCGCAACACGCACGCAGGGGAGCAUCUCCCCUGCACGCAAGUAUGUGCAUUUACAUGGUGAUAUGGGUCAAGCGCUGACGCAGUGGGGCAGCAUUCUUGAACAUGGUCGUGCCCGGCGGGCAGGCGGAAGUAGCGUGGCGGCACGCCAUCAGACCAGUUUCCCUUGCCAGACCUGGCCAGACCAAUCUUCGAACCCGUGCACUAUCGUGAGGCUUUUCGCGUGCGGCAGUCCCUUUCACUAUCCUGUCACAUGUAUACACAAAAAUGGGGACGCUCUUCAAUCAUGCGACGUCAAAGUCCCGAAC